UAUAUAUCGUAUCGGGUCAUAUGCAUCGUCCGUCGUUGUUUUUGCAUCUGAAGAGAGACUUUUUGCCAUGUCUUUGGUUCGUGCUAACGGAGCUGUCCUGUAGAUUGUCCUUAAGUCACUUGUCAGCGCAGAUCGAAUCCCCAGCCGGGUUCCCGUCGAUACCCAAUAUCCCCGAUUCCCGAUGAACGCCAGCGGUAACGGUGGAGCACCGCCCGUCUCCGGUGGAGUGGGCGGUUUUGGUGGUGCGCUCGGAGCGGCUGCUGGCGCUGGUGGUGCUGGCGUAGGCGGUGGCGGUGGCGGAUGCGGAGCUGGAGGCGCUGGCGCAGGUCCGGACGGGGGGCCCGGUGGCGGGGCAGCUGCUGCGGACCAGGUUGGUGAGGCAGCCGGAGGAGCAGCAGGUGGCGAUGCAGCCGUCAAUCCGCAAGGAAAUGACAAUGGAACCAGCGACAGCCCAGCGAAUGGACCCAACUCUACCGAGGAUCAGGACGCCAAGCGUCGCAAGUGUCGCGAAACAGAGGAAGCUCAGGAUGGAGCCAGCACGAUGAUCGAUGCAAAUAGUGUGCUCAAUAAGAUCGCUAACCUGUACGCCGAACAGCUGAUGUCAGACAUAGUGCUCCUGGUGGACGGCAAGGAGUAUCCCGCCCACCGCGUCAUCCUCUGCGCCAGCAGCGACGUCUUCCAGGUGAUGCUAAUGAAUCCGGAGUGGAACGAGUGCAGCAAGCAUGUAAUCGAGCUGCACGAGGAGGCCUGCUGCUCGGCGGUGUUUCCGCAGUUCAUCAAGUACCUAUACGUUGGCCACAUCGAGGUCACACUGCAGACGGUGAUGCCAAUGCUGGCGCUGAGCGACAAGUACAAUGUGCGCGACCUGAUCGAUCUCUGCGUGGGCUACAUGAACAAGCACGUGGCCAAGGCGGCCACCAGCGGUUACCUCGUCUCCUGGCUGCAGUAUACGCUCUCCUUCACGCCCACCCACAACGAUCUCACCGAAACGCUCAAGCGGUUUCUCAAAUGGAACCUCGAGAUGGUGGCCGAGUCGCGGGACUUUGUGGAAAUGGACCCGGCCAUACUGAUACUGCUGUUGCAGCAGAACGAUCUGGUUGUCACCAGCGAGUACAAAUUGUUUGCCAUCCUGCAGACGUGGCUGCUGCAUCGUCGCGAACAGAUGGAGGCCACUGGCAGUGGCGGCUUCAUGGAGCUGAUCGAACAGACUGUGUCUCACAUCCGCUUCGGCAUGAUGACGCCGCGCCAGCUCUCACACCUGCUAAUGGAUCCGCUGAUCGAGUACCACAAGGAGUUCCUCGUCGAGCGCAUUGCCAUCGGCAUGAGCUAUCAGUCGGGCCAGGAGGAUCGUGUGCGGGAGGUGCGAGCCACCGAAUCGGGUGAGCUGCAGUUUACGCCGCGACUCUAUUGGAAUGACACCUGGAGCGUCGACAUCGAUGUGCACAACUUUGACGCGAUUGAGGACUACAAGAAUUAUGUGACCUGCUUCUUUUCGCAGCGUCACAUUGCCGAGACUGAAGAGGACGAUCCCUGCAUGACAUGGGAAAUCGAGUUUUUCCCGCGAGGCGUUAAGUACAACAAGGCCAAAAUGGUAUGGGGCGAGGACGUACCAGGCUGCUCCUUUAAUACAGUGCGUCUACGGGUUACCUGCAAGCAUCAAAACAUCGGCGAGGAGCGUUUUAAGAUCGCCGUGCUGAUCGUGGGCGUACAGAACCAGAUUAUGCACAUUCGCACAGUCGUGGAGCGUACGGAGUACUUCUCGGAUACGUCGCGCGUUAUUAACCUGGACAACCUGCUGCCGUACGAGGAGCUGGAGCACACAUCACCGUACUUGAGUCCCCAUCUGACGGGCACCGCACGGAACACGCUUACCCUGCACGUGGUCAUCACGCCGAUGGGCUCCCACACCUGCCGCGAUGCGCCGCCGUUUCAGUUCUAGAAAAAAAAAAAGAAGCGGUUUUGUGGGCAUCUCAACUAUAGCACUCCGUACUUCCCGGCGCAUCCACAGGCACACGCAUCCUCAUGCAUCCACAGCCACCACUGUAUUUCAACCUACCAUUUAAAAUUUGUAUGUAUGUAUAAAUCCAACGUGACUGCGAAUCCCCCUGGGCUCAAUCUGUGCGAUCCUAACUGGCGGUCUACUCCGGCCCCCAAUCGAUCACAUCUCGAUUGCAAUAUGUUUUGUUAUUAGUUUUUUGUUUUUUUUAUAUUACACUAAUUCCUAUAAGUUAAGCGCACCGACAGUGAGUGAGUUCUUAGGCAGAGCCAUAUUCACUGAUUGAUGUUGGCCAUAUUGGACCCGACGCCCAUAUGGUACUGUAUUUACUUUACCAUUUCGCAGAAGACUAUUGAAAGGAGAUUUAUUUUCUAAUAAACGUUAAACUGUAAAGUAAAAAAAAGAACCCAAAAUCGCUACCGACAUGGCUGAGAAAGAGAGGGUCGCGUUUGGCUAUUUGCCAUCUCGUUUGCAAACUGUAGUGCCAAUGCAUGAGGCAUCAGUUUUAAUGUUUUACAGCCGAUAGAUAUGUGUAGCCGCUUGUGUGUGCCCGCUUAGGCUUUUGGAUCCCUUUACGAGUGCGUUUGUGGCCCGGGAUCAACCUGUCGCGUCUCGGGGGCCUAUCUUUAUGUGUGUGCUCUGCUGUCCAUAUAGUCUACAGUGCGGAACACCAAAUAUGGCAUAGAUGAUGAACUCUGGGUAGAGUCGGUCGCCAAGACAAAACGAAUAUAUGUACAUAUAUAUAUACAUAUGUGUAAAUCGGUUCAGGUAUCGGUCAUCAAUCGAAUUGAUUUAAUCUUGGCGUUAAUGUAGUUGUUAAAUAAAAUGUCUCUUCAAAAAUCAGCUAUGGUCUAUUAUUGAAGUUUGCGUUUUCAUUAGACUGAAACUAAAGACUAGAAUUACUGUCAUUUAACGAUAUAAUUUAGUGAUUUCGGUUUUAAUUUAAUUAUUGCCUAACGUUGACCAGUCAUU